UUUUAUUUGCUCACGUUCAGUUGUUCCACUGAAGCGAAGUGCGCGGUUCAGUUUCAGCUUAGGUGUUGGCCUUGCUACGGAUUUCUUUAGCUUACUGAUUUGUGCGCGAACCAAGAAGGACUGCUGACACCAUGGGUAACACGCAUGCCCAGGCCCCUUGAGAACUGUAAUGUGUCGAAUCGGAGAAGCAGUGAGUAGUGGAACCAAGAUCACUUACAUCAUACAUCAUGGCCUGUUUUGUAAUCGUUUUGAAGGCAUUCUGUGGAACUUUCGGUACCCGAGCACAGUGCGUCGUCGCGAGGACCUGGCUGUGAUGGUUCACAACUCCAGGAUGAGCAUAGUCGAAUGGUUGGAGCUGUUAGAACUGCAGCAGUACGAAGGAAACCUUCAAGAGUUCAACGUUGUUGACGACGUAGUGGACAUAACAGACAAGGAGCUUAAGCAAUGUGGCGUGCGCGGUGCCCAUCGACAGAAGAUGGUCAAUAGUCUGCUAGGAGUCCGUGCCAAGCGGCGCCAAUCCAUGAAUUUAGAAGGCAGGUCACAGGAAGAUUAA